GAAAUAUGGAAGCCAUGAUAAUUUUAGAUAAGAUCUGAAAGUGAAAUCAUGGAAGAUGAUCAAGAAUUUGAAGAUCUGAAAAAAAGACUUGAACCCUUUCCAAAUUAUUUUCAACUUGAACUGCAGAAGGUCAGUCGCAACACGUGGAAAAACGUAAAACAAAAAUUAGAAGCAGAAGAGGAAGAGGCUCAUACAUGCCAGUCAGAUAUGGAAAUACAUAGGGAUAAAAACCUGAAGGCGUGCGUUUAUUAUGAAUUGGGUGAUUGUGAAACGGCUGACAGGUUAAUUGGAGAAGUUCUGAAAAGCUCUAGAAACACAAACGUCAAUGCCAGUGCAAUGAUGGCUUUGAUUCAAUAUAAAAAUGGAAUGUUUGCCGAAAGUGAUAAUAUAAUGGGACAGUUAGAGACACUAAAAGACAGUGGGGAUACUUUCCUUAUUGAUGAAGCUUUCGCUGAAAUGGCGUAUGGAUACUCACGAAUCGACGCAAAGUAUUACACCAAAGCUGUAGAUUAUUUUGAAGAUGUAAUCUGCAAAAGACAAUCAACUCAACAUAAGGACUUUGUUUUUAUAUGGAAAUUUGGUUUGGCUUUAACAUUAAGACGAUGUAAUCAUUUGGAUCUUAGAACACUCCAUCCUGAUAUAAUUCCUGACAAAACGUCUAAAAGAGCUGAUGACCUUUUGAUUGAUAUAAUAGACAAUUGUAGAAACGAUGUUUAUAUUGCUAGGGCCUGCAUUGAACGGGCGAAUUUAUGUUCGAAUUUCGUUGAUUCGCGUACACACAUUGAUAAACAGUUAGUUGAAAGUUUAAUAAAAGAAGGAGUGAACAAAGCACCAAAUGACCAUGUUAUACUGGCCAAAGCUGGCAGACUUAUGAGACACAUAUACAAAUUUCGCGAAGCAGAAGAAUAUUUACGUAAAUCUGUUCAUAUACGUGAAACAUCGCUAGCUCUACAUCAGUUAGGUUUGCUUUUAAAGGGGAAAUUGAAAGCACGACAGAAGCGGGAAAAAAAUAAUAGCCGAGGGAGGGGUCGAGGAACUGGUCGAGGGUCAUGGAAGUCAUGGUCUCGCACAAACUCCCUUGUGGAAUAUAACAGAACUAACUAUAAUAGCACGUGUGUUCCUCAGUUCAUGUUACCUACUUCACCAAUUUCACGACCACCACCACGCCAAACCCAAAGAAAUAAAUCUGUUAAACCCAUAAGGCUAUUUUCAUGUAUGUCAACCUCUAAUGAAACUAGCCCUCAACACAAUCCUGGGCUCAAAGAUGGGUCAAAAUCAGACCCACAUUUGAAAAUUCUUCCCUUUGGUAGCUUAGCAAAAGAAUCCAUGUCAGAUAGGCAGUCAAUGCCUAAGAGAGGAGGGUUUACUUUGGAAGAUGAAAACGACAAAGGUUCGUCAAAACCGGUACUGGUAAACACGUCAGACAAUCCGAUACCGGAAAGCAAAAACAUGAAAUCCACAGUGUAUAAGGAUGACAAACUUAAUUCCCACCCGAUAAUGGAGAUUUGUCCUGAGUUAGCUAGUCUAUCACUGGAACCAAAGAAAGCACAGGAUAUUAUUUCAUAUCAUCAAGUAUUGGACAACUCGGGACCAAGCAAUGUGACACACGUAUCCACAGACAUACAACCAACAGUGGAUAGAACACAAUCAGAUGUAUUGAAUCUACAAACAUAUGCUGGGCCAACAGCUGUUGAUGAAUCACACAAAGAGUCCUUAACAGUAAAAUGUGUUAUCGAUACCAAAUGUGAUAUUGAAGAAGAUUCAGAAAUGACCGAUAUUUUUGAACAUCCUUACUCACAGGAAAUUCGUUUAGGUUCAACACCGCAUCAUAAAUAUCCAGAGAGUAAGUACCGAGCAAAUAACCAAGUCCCUGAAAAAGGUGCAUAUAUCUUUCCUGCAGAUGCUUUGUGUAAAGGGGACGAAAACGAAUACAAAGAUAUCAAAAGUUCCUCCUCUUUAAUUACCCCAUUUAAUACUGAGACAGUUGAUAGCACUACUGAGACAGUUGAUAGCACUACUGAGACAGUUGAUAACACUACUGAGACAGUUGAUAGCACCACUGAGACAGUUGAUAGCACUACUGAGACAGUUGAUAGCACUACUAAGACAGUUGAUACCCCAUUUAAUACUGAGACAGUUGAUAGCACUACUGGGACAGUUGAUAGCACUACUGAGACAGUUGAUAUAACUACUGAGACAGGUGAUAUAACUACUGAGACAAUUGAUAGCACUACUGAGAUAGUUGAUAGCACUACUAAAUUUCAAGAAAAGGAUGUUCAAGAUAUUGAAGUUACUGUAAUUAAAGAAGUCAUUUUUAAUUAUAGCGAUGAUACUAUAAACAAAGUUACGGAAGUUAAAUCGAACCAAGGAAAAGACUUGAGUGACGCAAAUAAAGCUGCGGAUACUGCAAAUCGAGACAAGGACUUUGACGUGGAUCAUGAAAACAAGACUUUAACGAAGGCUAAAUCAAUGCAAAUGGAUUUCAAGGAAAAAUAUCCGGGCAUAGUCAGUUCACUGUCGCCAGAUGCCAAGCCGUUUGUACCUUCCACAAAACUAUCCGUAGCUUGUGACACACAAAUUAGGUAUUUGCGGGCCCAUAGUUCACCUAUCCUAGAAUAUGGAUCGUCAAUGGGAUUAUUUAGUAGAAUACUCAAAUCUCCGGGACAUGAUCAAGUGGCCAUUUAUGAUAAAAAUAGCAAGUAUCAGUUAGAGGAAUGCCUCACAAUGUUUCAAAAAUCUUAUGAUAUUAGUCAAGGUCGUAAUAGGAACGCCGCAUACGAUAUGGGCCUAACGUAUUUGCAAAUGACUCCGCCCCAAUAUGAAAAAGCCCGAGAAGCGUUCAGAAAAACAUUCGAUUGCAAUUCUCCUUUAAGUCGGUAUAGAGGAUUUGAACAAUCCGGUAUAUGUUUGGUUCACAUGAGUCAAGAAUCGGAUAGCAAGCGAAAUGACCAUGAAAAGGAUGCUUUCGAAAUGUUUAAACGGGCCAUACGAUGCUGGGGAUUGUGUCAGAAGGCUACGCCAAUAUUCCAUAACCCAAAUCAACAUCUACACUCCCUGAAGUCAAUUAGACAACUUAUUUUGGGGGAAGAAGGACGGUCGAGAACUAAGAAGGUUAAAGAAGUAGCUGAUCUACACUACUGUGUACGAGAAUAUGGCGAAUCAUUAGGGCUGUAUAAAGAACUGAAAGUCAAACUUGAACGUUCCAAUGAUGCUAAAGAUUUGGAUAUAACUAAAGGUAUAAUAAAAAAUAAUGUAAAACUUGGAAACUUUAGUGAUGUUCUGGAUUUGAUUCUGAUUUUAGUCAAUAGUCGAGAAGGAUUUGAAAGUAAAGCUUUCAUCCUGGAAGUGUUGCUGGAGAUAAUUAAAUCGGCUAUCAACAAUGAAAAUACCAAUGUGAUUAAAUCAGUUUUCGACAUUUAUCGUCGUUUGAAAGAAUAUGACGGAGACGAUGACGAUAUAGUAGUCAUUUACGACGAAGAGACUGUUGGGGGUCAGAUCUUUGGUUGGCUGCAAAAACUUUCUGGGCUGAAGAUAACCAAAAAUGACGACAACGUUCCAAUAAAUCAUCUUAGAAAACUUGGACAGAUUGAAAUCAUCUCUAAUAGUGAAGCUGUUAUUUUUAUCAUAGCUGAGCAAGAGAAGGAGACCGACUACCGUGAGUACCUUGUAGGUUCAGCACUGGAGGCAAUACAGAAUAAGAAACGUUUGUCAAAAAUUGUUCCAAUUACAGUCAACAACUGUAGCUUACCAUCGUCACUGUGGGCCUUCAAACGAUUGCCAUAUCCUCGAAAUAAUCUAGAUACAGACAUACAUGUAGCAUCUUGGCUGUGUUCUUUCUGUGACAUUUUGUUGUCUUCUUAAUAAAAAGAUCAAAUGUUCAGAGGCAAUAGCUUAGAAAUAAGUCGCACAUUUUUUUCUAUUAAGUAACUUGAUUUGCUGUGGUUUCCAGUAUUUUUAAGUAGCCAAAAUUAAAGUGAGAGUUGUGGAUAUUUUUGUAUUUUGGAUAUAAAGAGAAGCUGGUAUUCUGCUGAUUGACUAUCUUAAAAAAGGUAAGACUAUCAAUGGAAGAUGUCAUGCCGAUCUACUGAGACAGUUGCUUGAAGCUAUCAAACCUAAGCGACUGGGAAUGCUCACCAAAGACGUACUGUUACACCAGGACAAUGCUCCUAUUCAUUAUUCGGUGAUUUCCAUGUCAGCGAUCCAUGAUUGUUGCUUCGAAUAAUUUUGCACCACUGUGACCAAGUGCUCUAUAACAAUUAUUUAGGUGCAUCAUAGAACUUAUUGACACCCAGCUCGUUUUGAUACUAUAAGAUAUUGUUAUUCAUCUAUAAGAACGUAAUUAAAUAAUGAAUCAAUUCCACAUGUAUGGACAAUUUAGAUAUGACCUGUAUACAUCUUUACCAGUCAGCGAAAUUAAGGUAACUUGUAAACUCCAUAUAUAGUCAUGAUCUGGUGUGCGUAGAACCAGUUGUAAGUUAUAUAACCAUAAGUUUGCUGACAAUUAGACAGAGGAGAGAGAGACGAGCGGAUAGGAGCAGGGGAGAGCGGAGACCGGUGCAUGGACUCACCCGAGUUCAGCCGCUGCCAUGACAGAGAGCCGGAAUGGUUUUUAUCUUAAACUAUUCAUGUACUGUGUUGAUAUUAUUGUUUAUGUUCCUGGGCCCGGUUGCUAGAAAAUUCUUAAAGUAAGCACAAAGUCAUGCUUCACUUUUUCUUACGUAAGAAACUUAUAAAAAUGCCGUCCCUAGAAAAUUCUCAAGACCAUUCUUACGAAAGCACAAGUCGAGUAUAAGUCUAAGCACAUUGUGACUGGCAAAGUUGACCAUAAACUGAGACUACGAUGCUCUUUAACGUCAUAAAAACAACUUUGGUAUGCGAAUUAUGUUUUAAAUUUGUCGUCUGCUUCAUUGACGUCAUAUAUAUAUAUAUAUAUAUAUAUAUAUAUAUAUAUAUAUAUGGUUCAUUUCGAUGCAUUUGACCACGCUGAUCCGCAGUGAAUAUUUGCUUAGCCGCGACAAUCACUGAUAAGGAUGACAUUGAUGCGGCUUAAUGAGCUAGAAAUAUUAACUUUUUUCCUGCGACAAAUUAAAUUCUAAAACAUUUUUGUAUAUAUUGGAAAGAUAAAUAAAGGCGUUUGACGUAUUUGUAGUUAAAAAUUAUUUCCGAUUUAGUGUAAAUGGGUAUUAAAAUGACUAAAAUGCAGCAUUCUCUCCGAAGCAGUUAUGUCUUAUGUAAACAAUGCACGCGCCAUUCAGCCAAUGAUUCACACCGCGUGCUGUGACAGCACGUGUUAAGGCAGUCAUCUAUGACAGAGAUAUUAUACGAGACUCGUAAUUCUCUGUGAAACAGAUUGGCAUUUGACAUGUUCCCUAUUCACAUAUAAAAUGUGCCACAAGAUAAAAAUAAACCGCAGACACAUACAAACUAACUGAAUAAUUGUGAGAGCGCCGUGCCUGCGAUGUUAAACUAGCCUGUGUGUUUGUAGCCUAUUGUUUACUAAUUGGCAAAUAAAUAAAAUGGUUUCAGGGUAGGCCUAGAAGCGUAUUUUUCUAUAGCAUUCUUAAUUUGAAAUUUCUUCUGGAGAAGGAUUUUCUCUGUCUUGUAAUUGUCUCUUUGGUAUCAAAAGGUGUCGGAAAUACCGUCGAAUAACUCUACGGUCAGCCAUCUUUUUGAAGCACAACCAGAUUUAAGGUUGGUAAGCAAGCCGUAUACCUUGCUUGGGACUUGUGCUUAGAUUGACUAUGUUUAAGAACGAAGUUGUGCUUAAGUUUUUUCUUGGAACGCAUAAUAACGUUCUCGUGCUUACAAUGAAGUUUAAAAUCUAAGCACAAGAACGUUCUUAAGAAUUUUCUGGGAACACAAAAUAAGGCAAGUUUACUUAAAUGCAAAGUCUACUUAAAUCUAAGCACAAGAACGUGCUUAAGAAUUUUCUAGGAAUCGGGCCCAGAUGUAGUUUAGCACCUGUUUAAUUUAUGUUCCUGUUUAAUUUAUGUAGCUGUUUUAUUUUUAUGUUACUGAUAUGUAAAUAAAUCAUUAUCUGUUAUCACCAUAAUAGUGUUACCCCAUCUUAUUUAUGUGAUAUUUUACAACUUAAAUGUCCAUCUAGACAAAUAUAUAUACCUUAAAUCACGACGGAGUGAACGCUCUUU